CAACGGGGAGUUUGAGAUGAUGACGGCCUCGGACUCGAACCUGUUCGUGCAGAACGGCGAGCUGUACAUCUUGCCGACACUCACAUCGGACGCCAUCGGGAGGGCCGCUAUACUGGACGGCGGCUCGUUCGAUCUCGGUGACGACUGCACGAGCAACAACAAGACUGCCUGUUCCGUCAAGUCGAACAACGGAACGGGCGCGACCAUCCAGCCGGUCCAGUCCGCGCGGAUCAGCACCAUCAACUCUGCCACCAUCGCGUUCGGCAAGGUCGAGGUCCGCGCGAAGUUGCCUCAAGGUGACUGGCUCUGGCCCGCGAUCUGGAUGCUACCCAAGGACAACAAGUACGGCGCAUGGCCGCUCAGCGGAGAGAUCGACAUUAUGGAAUCGCGCGGCAACGGCAUCUCGUACCCCGCCCAGGGCUCUAAUUUCGUGCGCUCCACGCUCAACUACGGCGUGCUCGCGAGCGUGCAGACGCACAUCUUCGGCUGGUGGUCGCAGAAGCGCUCGUCGUACGCGGACGGCUUCCACGUGUACUCGCUCGAGUGGACGCCAGAUUGGAUGCGGUUCUACGUCGACUCGCGCCUGGAGGCGAUGAUGAACCUGAAGAUCACGGGCAAGGGGGGCAAGGACUUCUUCAAGCGCGGCCACUACCCUGCCACGGCCACCAACGGCUCGUCCGUCGCUGUCGUGAUCGAGAACAUCUGGCAGCAGCAGGGCGGUACCUCGGCUGCCCCGUUUGACCAGCAAUUCUACUUGAUCCUCGACGUCGCUGCGGGCGGAACCAGCGGCUGGUUCCCUGAUAACGUCGGUGGCAAAAUGUGGUUCGACGGCUCGAGUACGGCGAUGCGUGACUUUGCGCAGGCGCAAGAUAAGUGGGCGGCGACCUGGCCCUCCUCCCAAGAGGACCGCGCCAUGCGAGUCGACUACGUGAAGAUGUGGAAGCUCGGUGGGUGCUGAGCGCGCACCUGCGUCAUUUCACUUCUCGUGUACCUCACGAGAACACACGAUGGUCGUAGCAUCCCAACGCUUUAUCAUCAUCCCCCUGAACACCUCUCGGACAGAGAUUGAGUAGGACAAUCUCCAUAGACUGCAUCAUAUACCGUUCCCACACCCACACACGACCUUGCUGCAGCUAGAUCCCCUUGCUAUCACGACCUCCCGUACUCUGUAUCACCAUACCUUUCUGCUCCU